CCGCGUGUGGAUGUGAGGGCUCUCUCGUUCUCCCUCAUUAUUUGAGUGACUGCAGGUACUGGGUGACUAGUGUCUCUGAGUCUGGCUCUGAGUGCGCGCGCGUGUGGUGGCGAGGGCGUGUGUGUGUGUGUGGGGGUCUAUGUCGCGUGUGUGUGUGGGGAGUGCACCGGAGAGAUAAAUAGAGAGAGAGCGAAAAGGCGAGGAGCGACGUUUCAUCUCCCCCCUCUGGCCUCCCCGUCUCCCUGCUCCCUGUCACUCCGUCCCUCCUCCUCUUCCUCCUCCUCCUCUUUCUCCCUCCUGGACCACCCGUCUCCUGCUCGGAUCUCGACCCGGACACCUCCACCCACCUCCACCCUUUGACUCUCCUCUCUCUUCACCAUCCCGUCUCAGCAGCUGAGCAGGAUUUAUCCUGGAUGAAGUUGAAGUUGGAGUCUCUCUGAUCCAGCCGAACUCAACAUUCCUUAUACUGUUUAAGUCAGAGAAAAGGGAAACUCUAAUGAACACAUUUUGCUAACGAAGGCCGUGUGACAAGCAUCUGCUGGAGCUGUUCGGACAGACGGAAUCCUCCCAGUCUUCUGGAAGUGUGACAGCAUUUGGUCACAUGACCUGGAAGAGUAAACCCAAGACUUUUUUGGGAUCCCUCUUUGAAUGGGCCGACUAUCAACCUGGAAACGCGUGCAAAGGCUGAUGAACUGAUCAACCCCGGCAGACAGCUGCUCUCCUCCGCUCUUCUCCUCCUCCUCCUCCUCCUCCUCCUCCUCCACCCUCUCACUCCAUCCGGCUAUCCAGUGUCUUCAUUGAUGACCUGAGAUCCGCAACCCUGUUUCACUCAGAGUGAAUGACUGACUGGGCACUGACAAUCCAGAGGAUGCUAAUGGCAGCAGCUAAGGGAUAAACAGCCAGCUGUCCUAUCCUGUAGAGUGGUUUCAGCGCAGGGACUCAGUUAAUCGACCUCCAGUCAGACCAGGAUGCAUUCAUACGUGGCAACUUUAGGUUGGCUGCCAUACCAUCACUCUCUUCCUUUUCCCGGGGACUUCCUGUCACGUGACCACACUCCUGCCUCGCCUCCACUCCCCAGCAUGGAACCCAACAAAGUUCAGUCCGAGGGAGGCCUGAAUGUGACCCUGACCAUCCGCCUCCUCAUGCACGGCAAGGAGGUUGGAAGCAUCAUAGGGAAGAAAGGGGAAACGGUAAAGAAAAUGCGUGAAGAGAGUGGAGCUCGCAUCAACAUCUCGGAGGGAAACUGCCCCGAAAGAAUCGUCACCAUCACAGGCCCCACAGACGCCAUCUUCAAGGCCUUUGCAAUGAUUGCCUACAAGUUUGAAGAGGUGUUUUUCCAGGACAUCGUCAAUGCCAUGAGCAACAGCCCAGCCACCAGCAAGCCCCCAGUCACUCUGCGGCUGGUGGUGCCAGCCAGCCAGUGUGGCUCCCUCAUCGGGAAAGGAGGAUCAAAGAUCAAAGAGAUGAGAGAAUCCACAGGGGCGCAGGUGCAGGUGGCGGGGGACAUGCUGCCCAACUCCACAGAGCGUGCAGUGACAAUCUCCGGGACUCCCGAAGCCAUCAUCCAGUGUGUCAAGCAGAUAUGUGUCGUCAUGCUGGAGUCCCCACCGAAAGGUGCCACCAUCCCCUACCGCCCAAAGCCCGCCUCCACCCCCGUCAUUUUUUCAGGUGGCCAGGUAAGAGCCGACCCGCUGGCGGCGUCCGCAGCCAACCUCAGCCUUUUACUGCAGCACCAGCCACUGCCUGCCUACACAAUUCAGGGACAAUAUGCCAUUCCUCACCCGGAUCAGCUGACCAAGCUUCACCAGUUGGCUAUGCAGCAAACCCCCUUUACCCCCCUUGGACAGACCACCCCUGCUUUCCCUGGUCUGGAUGCCAGUCCCCCGGCCAGUACUCAUGAACUCUCCAUUCCCAAUGAUCUAAUAGGCUGCAUAAUCGGGCGCCAGGGAACCAAAAUCAACGAGAUCCGUCAGAUGUCUGGAGCGCAGAUCAAAAUCGCUAAUGCUAUGGAAGGGUCAUCCGAGCGCCAGAUAACCAUCACUGGAACCCCCGCCAACAUCAGCCUUGCUCAGUACCUCAUUAAUGCAAGGUUCAGAGACGUGGCGGCCAUGUGGAAUGACCCAUCCUCCAUGACUACAUCCUGAAGCCCCAAACUGGUGUCAUUGUCAGAAGCAAACUGCAGCUUCCCCCCUCUCCUCCUAUUCCAAAACACCCUGCCCAGUUACCUAUUGUGCAUCCCACCCCUUUAGAGUUCAUUAGAUCCCCCCUCACUUUACAAUAUACCUUCAGCAGUAGCGUUGCUUGUAUGGGUAGGCUAUUGCUAAAGAUAAAGACAAAUAAUUGUGGUUUGAUUUUGUUCAUGUUAAAAUGUAGUGAGUAAGUAUAGUGUUUCAGCAUGUUGAAUGCUUAGAAUCAAUCAAGCUGUGUUAUUUUAUUUUUGUCCUUUUCUUUGUUUUCUUUUUACUGCUAGCUUAGUUAAACAUGGUUGCUGAAUAAGUCUUGUAGUUUCUUGUCAGGAAAGCUUUAAAAAUGUACAAAAAAUGUAAAACGUUUAAAAAAAACACAAAAACUGUAAUUGCUUUUUGACUGCUAAUAAGCAAUGCUGUGGGUAGGGCAACUAGAGUGAUGUGAUGCACCCAUGUAAGGAGAAUGCUGUGAUUGCAGACAUGGGUUUCAGAGAACCAAAAUGGGUUGGAAAUUGUUACAGUUCCAAUCAGAGCCUAGGAAUUAGCCAUUAACACCAUUCAUUUUUUAUGGAUGAUAAAUAUGUUUUUUUUCUUGAGUUUAAAAAAGGAAGUAAAAUAAAAACAUUUUUUUAAAGACAUUUUAGCUGGCAAGGGAGUCGAUUGUUUUAUGCCUGAAUGCAUCUGAUAAUCCAAAUGCAUGACCGAUUUACAGACACGCUAAACACAUAGAGCCAUUAAAAGGUGGACGGCGAAACGUGUCAAGUGCUUUCAGAAUUGUUUUAUUUUUCUCUAUUUUUCUAUCUCUUUCCCCCCCUCUCCCCCUGCCUCCCCCUCCCCCCUGACUGUUCUAGGCUGACGUCUGAGGUCACUGGAAUGGGCACACUCUAAUUUCUACCCUUCAUCCUUCACUGCAUCACAUGACCCUUGAGCCAAUGGCAUUGCACCUAGUUUGUUUAUCUCUCUCUCUCUCUCUCUCUGUACUCAGCUAUCCUGCAUUUUAAGUAACUAAGCUAAUUUUAAUUCUACAAUGUGCACAUAUUUAUAAGUCCCAGUUUAAUGUUGUUCCUCCCACACCCGUUAUCUUGAUGCUCCGUAUUAGCCCUCAACCUCUUUUUAUUUCAAAGGACACUUAACUUUUUUGUCACUCUAGUACCUGACAUGCCACUCCAUUUAUCUGUAAAUUCAUUCAUUUCAUAUUCUUGUGAAACACUUUACUCUAUGAUUGUCACUAAAUGUAUCUCAUUUGACAUACUGUACAAUAUUCACAACAGCAUAAAGAAUAAAAAAAACACAAAUGCACACAAAGGACUAAACCAAAUUAUAAUUUCAAGGAGAAAAGCCAAUCUAUGUGGGCUUCAUAGUAAACCACAGUCAAACAACUUUACUCACCAUGAUAACGUUAUGAGAGUCCAUAUUAAAGACAGGAAAUGGAUGGAAUGCUUGCAUCUCCUGCCACUGUGCAUUUGUGUGUGUUUGUUCGUGUGGCACUUGGGAACAAUACUCUAGAUGCAUUAUCACUCUCUCUUGUAUUCGUUUGAUAAUCUGGUCACAGAACUGAUAAUGUACAAGCAGCCCAAUGAAUAAACAUCAAGUAGACUGGGCUGUGGUGACUCAGGCUCACCGUCAGGUCUAUUCAGAGAUCUUUUCUUAAGUAGAAUCCUAAGCUGAGUGUUGUGCUUGGCUUCAGAGAUAAAUAUCUCUAUGAGUGAUUGAGAUGACCAGCUGUCGUUGAAAGUGAAUACAGAGCACUGUGACGAUAAUGGAAUCUUCCUAUUCCAUCCCACCCUCCUGAUCCCAUUCACUCUCAUCCUUGGUCUGUUUGUCUGUCCACACAUACAGUACGCCGACGUCAUGCAUUUAGUUGCAUGUCUCUUCUGUCGAUGAUCUUCAAACUCUUCUCUCUCUCUCUCUCUCUCUCUUGCUCUCUCUCUCUCUCUUCAAACCUCCACUUCUUAUCACUAAUGCUUUGACAGAAGCUAUAUAGCAAAAGCCUGCAUGCAUCUGGUGCCAUAAAGGACUGGUCUCCACUGACAGCUUAUUGAACAUGCACGUUCAGCACAGCCUAGUCAUCUGCCAGACAGCAUGUCCCUUAUACAAAAAUGGCAAUAUAACGAUGUUCUUUCGCUUGAGGACCAAAUCAUCAACUACCCACUUAGCGUGGAAGAUGUCAGACAUAUUAAUGAACAUUUGUAUCUUUUUUUUGGUUUUGUUUGGAUUGAACCAAGUGGUUUAGGCCAUGGAAUGUUCAUGGGUUCGGGCUGGAAUCCGAGUGGCUCUGGUGGAAGGGAGGCCUGCCACCCUAGCCUGCUCACCCCUGUAAACGUUGAUUGUUUAUUUUCCAUUUGCAUCCAAUCUAGCAACAGACCAGUGUGUCUUUGUUCCUGAUAAAGAUCACAAGCCCAUUGUGUCGCCUCAAACACCUGGUUGAUAUGCGAUUAUUUUGAACUCUGACCAUGGUAUGAUUAUGAUCACAACAUCUCCAGAUGCAUUUGACGAAAAACUGUACCGGUUUAAGAUAUAAGCUAUGCACACACCAUCACAACGAAAAACCAAGCACAUGCACAUGUUUUUAGUCAAAUCAGAAGAAAAUUGGCUCUAAUGUGUUCGUGAAAUUUGUUUAAGUCAUUUACUUCAGUCUUUCAUUUCUCACUGUACCUGCCAGUCCCAACGCAUCUAGGCUUAUUUGUGACUUCAUGAUGUUAUUCUAUUUUAUUGUUUUCAUUUUCCAACAAUAUGAUCUAUGAGAUCACUUUUAUGAAGUCUGACAAUCUAACUCCAACACGGUUUUUAAGGAUGUUGUGUUUCCUAAUCCUACUUGUAAGAGAGUGUUUUUAGAUGUUCCUCUGCGUUAUUUCUGAUAAGGUGUAAGGUCUUGGUUUUGGUAAGGAAAAUGAAAGUUGAAUGUAACUCUUUCAACACGUUCUGACUUUCUUCCACUGGGUUUACUCUUCUACUCUUUUUAUGGAAUAAUCUCUAUUUGCAGUCAGUGUCUUUGGUCAUUAGGUAUUCCAGAUACUCUUGUAGGGAUGUUGUAAGAAACACAGUGUUUGCACACUAAGACAUAGAGUAACGUUGUACGUUAUAUUCCAGCAGCUGCUUCAAGCAUUGAAACUGCAGCUGUUCUAUAACUACACACUAUUUGUUUUUUUUUCCUUGGAAGAAUAUCUGAGGCAUUCUGUCUAACAUCCCUGUGCUGAGUUACAUAACUAAAUGCAGUGAGAUUUAGCUCAUAGCAUAUGGAAAUCUCCGCACAACAUUUAUAGCUGAAUAUGGUCCUACUGACUUGACAUGAAAACAAAAAAUGUUGUCAUGAAAAUCAACAAGUUUUUGCAAUGUUUUUUUGCACUGAUUUGAAGUCUAAUUGUUUUGUCAGUGUCUUAGAAUUUUUCACUAUUGAGUUAGAUUGUAUGUUUAUACAGGACAUUGUCUUGUAGUUCUUUUGUGGAAUGUUCUAUUUGUUGUAAUACUAGGUCUGACAUACAGAAUUGUAGUUCUCUGUGGCCUAUUUUUACAGGCAUGCUUUGUAGCCCUGUCAUCUGACUCACAGGAGUAACAAUGGAGGCAGUUGAUCAUAUAAAAUUGUUGUUAUUAUUAUUAUUAUGUUUAUUAUUAUUAUUAUUAUUAUUAUUGUUGUUGUUGUGUAUUGCCUCUUUUGUUAGGGUGAGUGAUGCAUCUGGAUUAAACAGUGUAUUGCCAUUCAUUGUAUUGCUUUUUAUGACUGCAAUAAGAUUUAUCAUCAUUUUCAAAUUCACUUGCCAUUAAAUGUCAGAGGACGUGGUAUAGCGACAUAGUUCAGACAUCUUUAUCAUUUUUGUUUUCAUUCAUCAUCCAUACAAACCAAGCUCAUGGCAUUACAAUAACAAUGACCACCAAGGUCAUUUUCUGCAUGCUCAUUGCAGAAAAACAAACAAACAAAAACAAUCAAAUAAUCUCAACUAAGGUCUUAAUUUUAAGUCUGCUUCAUUGAAUUCAUUGUCAUUUUUUUGUACUUGCACAUUUUAUUACUUGUACUAGAGCAGCAAAAAACAAAGGGCCCUUUCCCUCUCUCUGUGCUUCUGUACAUUCUGCUGUUUGAACAUGUAAUAAAGAGUUAUUAUUUUAUGUUGGAUAUCUCGCUGCUUGCAGGUCUAUAUUAGAUUUAAAUUACUGAGAUUAGAUUAACUUUCAAAUGUUUUGUAAAAAAAAAGGAAAUAAUAAACUUGUUUUUUCUUUUCUCCCUUGAUGUCAUUCUGAUUGAUUGUGCACUGACUGAUUGAACAGACUAUUUUGUUUUAUGAUGCGCUUUAAUAAAUCUGACCUGUGUAAAUAAA